CAUAUUGUCUACCAAACACAUUGUAUUUAAGUCUUAAAGAGGGGUUUUUGAAGAGUUGAUCUUUUCACGAAAAAGCGACGGUUGUAUUCGAGAGAAAGGGCAUGACAUUUUCUGUCAAGACUUUACAAGUGUAUACUACGUGGAUCUGUAUGCUCUACUGAUACCCCUUUCAGGUGGUCUCCUAUUUCGGUAUUUUUUCCACUUGUAAUUAAAUGACAACAUUUAAUGCAGUUUUUGUCUAAAUGCUAACAAUGUAGAUUCAAAAUUGGUAUUAAACCAACGCACGGAAAUAACUUGGAAUAUAAUACUAUGAAAAUGGACCCUGCAAAAACUAAAAAGAAGAGAAAGCGUUCCAAGGAAGCCGCAGAAAGGCAUAGACUCAAAUACUUGGAAAUCUUGAAAAGGAGAGCAAAGGGACGUCAAGAGAGUAAAACGGAUUCCAGGAAUGACGCCACAAAUUCUCACAAUAGCGCAUUGAAACCAGUAAAAAUCUGCAGAUACUACUAUCGCAAUGGCAGUUGCGUGCAUGGAGAAUCAUGUAGCUUUUCACACACAUGUAUUCCACUCAAGUCAAAAGAUCUCAAGCUCUGCCAGUUUUACAUUAAAAUGCCAAGUGAAUGCAAAUACACAGCAGCUGAGUGUAAAUACUCACAUGAACCUCGUUUGUUCUUGUGCCGAUCUAAUGUAUUGCAUGGAAUAUGUCCAAAUGAAGGUAAAUGUCAAUUUAACCAUAUCCCAGAAGACAAUAUUAAAGUACUGGAUGAUACAGAAAAGCUCAAAUUUUGCUACAAUAACAAAAGCUUUCUGGCUAAUUUGCUAGUCAAAUACCUCAAGGAUCACUCUCUGCUAAACACUGAAAUUUCAAACUAUAAAACUGAGCUCGAUCUAAUCUGCAAAGCCUACGACAAGAUUAAGGAUCAUGGAUCGAUUCCUUGGUAUCUAGAAUAUAUAUUCAUGAUUCUAGAAAAGGAUUUGAUUACAUCUGCUAAUACAUAGAUGUAUACUUACAGGGUUUGCAAAGUGCAACAGCUCUAAGGCUGGUGCGGCGUGAAAUCCAUAAGUGCCUUUACACGUCUUUUGUGCGUCUUUUCAUUAGAAUGCGAUUGAAUUGACUUUUCGUCCAAAAAAUAGCGAUCACAGAACUGACAAUAGAAUCUUCCUAUAAAAUAGUGCGUAAAGGCAAGUUGUAACUAAUUGAAUCUCUUACCUUGGCCAUGAACUUCGUAUUGCGGAUCUU